CACAGAUUAGCUGAAAAAUAACGAUGCGUUUUGUAUGCAGGUUGAUUUUGAUUGUGUUAUCUAUUUUUUUGGAAACAUUUUGAUUUUAUAAAAAACCAUGAAUUGAUAUUGUAGCUGCUGCUUCUCUAAUCGGCACCUAAAAUGAACGUUUAUAACACAAUGCCUGGUGUUACUGAUAUGGGCAUGGUCUGGAUGGGGGCCAGUCAGCCUUCUAAUGAUAUGUCUAUGGGAUUAGUAGCGAAUGAUAACAAUGAUAUGAUGUUAGAUCACGAAAACAUAUACUACACUCCGUCCCAUCACAGCAUGUCCAACCAGUCUAUGGACGACAUACACACUGUUCACAGUUCCCACAUGGAUACAAUGGAAAAUUUUGAGAUGAUGAACUUUAUGGACAUGAAACAUGACAGUAACGAUUCGAGCUACGCAGAAGAUGAAAAUUCCCAACCUGUAUACAUGAUAACCACUGCAACGCAAACGCUACCUUGCCCUACUAGAAAAAUUAAACCUAUUAAGCAUCCCGGACUGGUGCUUAAAACUCCCAUUGCUUAUCACAGUAAUACCGACCCCUCUGUUAUACCUAUUCAGAAAGACGGGAUAGCUGUCUGUGAAAAAUGCGGGGCGAUUGGUGUAAAGCAUGCGUUUUACACCAGAGAACGCAGAUUUUGCAGCAUGGCCUGUGCGAGAGGCUACAGCGGCCUUAUACCAGAACCGUUGCCACAGUCGAAUCAAAAUACUCCGGAUAAUAAACAGCAUUAUGCCAAAUAUCGAUUCACGAUGAAAAUGGAAGACGACUUUACCGACUCGUUCAUAGACCAACCACUACCACAGCUGUCGCCAGCACCUGAAAUGCCCCCCUUAGACGAUUCUCUGCCUUUAAUCAGAAGGAAACCUUCUGAAUUAGCUAAUUCUUUCGAUUGGGACAAUCAACUGAACGACCAGUAUUUCGUUGCGGCACCAGUUACAUGUUUUAAGCACGCCCCCAUGGCUGACAUCUGGGAAAAUAUAAUGGUUGGCAUGAAAGUCGAAGUGGAAAACACGGAUUGCGACAGCGCCUCAGAUGCCUUUCCCGAUUCGUUCUGGGUCGCUACCGUAAUGAAGAUAGUCGGUUACAAAGCGCAGCUCCGCUACGAAGGCUUCGGCUCGAACAGUUCUAAAGAUUUCUGGGUGAGUCUGUGUUCGAACCAGGUACACCCGGUUGGGUGGUGCGCCACCCGUGGCAAGCCGCUUAUUCCUCCGAAGACGAUCGAGGAUAAAUACAGCGAUUGGAAGGAUUUCCUCAGGAAACGACUCACUGGUGCUAGAACGCUGCCUUCCAACUAUAGCAAUAAGACUAGCGAAAGCCUCAAAUCCAGGUUUGAAUGUGGCCUUAACCUCGAAGUUGUCGACAAGAAUCGCAUCUCCCAAGUGAAGGUAGCCAUCGUUCAUAAGAUCGUUGGGAAACGGUUGAACGUCAAGUAUUACGAUAUGGCCCCCGACGACGCCGGUUUCUGGUGUCACGAGGAUUCCCCUCUACUGCACCCCGUGGGUUGGGCAAAAAAGGUGAACCACCGCCUGGUAGCCCCGUUAAACUACCUGGAAAGAGUCAGCCAGGGCAUGUUCGACGACGACGAUGCCACGGAUUACUUAUUCACGCCAUUCCAAGUCGGCUCUCUGGAACACUGCCACAACGGUUUCUGCGUCGGCAUGAAACUGGAAGCCAUCGAUCCGUUAAAUCUCUCGUCGAUAUGCGUCGCCACGGUCAUGGACGUUCUCAAUUACGGAUAUAUAAUGAUACGCAUCGACACCUACGACUCGGACGUCACAGGAACCGACUGGUUCUGUUAUCACGUGAAGUCGCCCUGCAUCUUCCCUGUAGGGUUCUGCGAGAAGCACAACAUUCCACUGACUCCCCCCAAGGGCUACGAUCAGGCUACGUUCAACUGGCACUCGUACCUGCUAAAGACCAACGACAAACCUGCCGACCCUUCUCUGUUCAACAACUACGUUCCGCUCCACGGGUUCGUGCCCGGUAUGAAAAUCGAGGCGGCGGAUCUCAUGGAUCCUAGGUUGGUUUGUGUGGCGACGGUAGCUAAAGUCGUGGGCAGAUUGCUCAAAGUUCAUUUCGACGGAUGGGAGGAAGAGUAUGAUCAGUGGUUGGACUGCGAGAGCCCAGAUAUUUACCCGGUUGGGUGGUGCCAAAGCGUGGGGCAUAAGCUGGAGGGACCUCCGGUCGUACCCAAACCUGCUGCGCCGGUUAUUAAAUCACCGAAAGUUAAGAAAAAGGGGAGGAAGAAGAAGAUCAAAGAUGGACCACCGAAAAGCUCGUCCUCUACGUCCACUUCUACGGCUAGCAUCAAAUUACCAAAAGUAGAAAUGGACAUCGAAGAGAACCCAGUGAUUGCAGAUAUAAAGAAGGAGAUUACGAAACCCGAAGAGAACGACGGCAACGUCGUUAACCAGGGUCCCGAAAAGGGGCAAGAGCCCGUGGGGCCAGACCAAAACUUACCGGUGUCUGCCGACGCAGUUAAUCCGCCCGCGGAACCGGAAGCUCCUGCCGAAAAUGUUAACAUCGCCAGUACAAAAUCAAUACCGCGCCUUGUGGACGCCUCGAGCGGGAGUUGCGAAAUCGGGGAUCUGUGCCCGGAGCAGUGGAACGUUUUCGACGCGGCGCAGUUCCUUCGAGUGAACGACUGCGCCAAUUACUGCGACUCCUUCACCGAACAAAACGUCGACGGUAAGAGGCUGGUGAGCCUCAGCAAGGAGGACAUCCUGGAGUUCACGAGCGGUAAAGUAGGCCCGUCUCUAAAAAUUUUUGAUCUCAUUCAGCAGUUAAAGAUGAAAGUCACGCAACUCCGCCAUAUGAAAGCCAAUAUCAAAAAACCCUCAUAGUGCCUAACUAUUAAUUAUCGAUAUGUAUUUUAUGAAUUGAUUAUAUGUAUAUAUUAGGUAGAAUAGGACAUGAUAAGAGUAAUUUUAUAUGAAUUCAGUAUUUAUCCACUUGCAUUUUUUUUCUUUGUGUGCGAAUUAUUUGCUCAUUUUUUUCGUUAGUUGUCACGCUCACCCGAUAGGAAUGAAGUCUUGGUUUUUAUUAGGCGUAAUUGAUGUUUGCCCGCAUUUACCCGGAUUCUUGCUAGGUUUAAAUUUAUGUUGUGUUUCAGCAGUAAAAUGUCCGAUUCUUUCCAUUCGGAACUUAAAAGUGUAAGUUUCUCUAUGAGAAAAUUUCUCUGCAUAAUAAAUUAUUCGAAAUA